AUGGCCUCAAGAGUUUUAAUAAGAAAACAAUUUUUAUUAUUUUGUUCAUUUUAUUUACCAUUAUUAGCAUCAGCUGCGACGACGGAUACACCAACAACAUGUUAUGUUAUAAAUGGACAACAUAAUGCCAAUGCAGGAUAUAGAUGUGAUAAUUCAACCACAGGUCAUAGUUCAUGUUGUGCAGCUGGUGCUAUAUGUUUUUCAAAUGGUGUUUGUCAGCAAGCAAAUGGAAAUGUUCAAGAUUAUUUAAGAGUUGGAUGUACAGAUCCUACGUGGAAAGAUCCGGCCUGUCUAAAUCAAUGUACUAGUUAUGCUAGAAGUUCAACUGCUGGUAUAAGAUUUUGUAAUGGAGCUAUAACAUCAACAACAGAAUAUUGUUGUGAUACCGGUGCCGACGGGGUAGGGAGUUUCGCUUGUUGCGACAAUGACUCAGAUAUAUUCAACAUCUCGCCCGUAGCCAAACUUCUCGCUCAAGUUCCCCUCGACUACACCUCAUCAUCUUCAUCAUCCACAACUUCUGCAUCUUCUACAUCUGCUACAUCUUCCGCAACUACCUCAUCGUUAUCAACAACCACCACAUCUAGUUCAAGCACAGCAGCAACCUCCGAGUCAGCCGUCUCCCAGACAUCCACCGCCCCUCUACCUACCGCAACCUCAUCUUCUUCUAAUCAUGCUGUCGCAAUCGGUGCCGGCAUCGCUAUUCCCUGUGGUAUACUUGCUAUCGCGGGUCUUGGGUGGCUCUUAUGGAGAAAAAGACGCGCUUCAAAGCAAAAGGCUAAUCAACUUCCUAAGGAUGAAGCAGGAUUUCCCGGCCAAGAGUAUCAAAAUCCAAACCAGAAUCCACAAGGAUAUCAGCCUACAGAAGGAGCUUAUAUGCAAAACCAACACGGAGUGGCUGGGCAUGGAGAAUAUAGUCCGAGUGAAAUUGGAACGGGAUAUCCACGGGGAAAUCUGGGAGAGGCGGGUGGAAUCGGGAUGGCGGAUAAGAAGGGGUAUUAUGCACCGCAGCCGAGCGAGAUGGAACAGCCGAGAACAGUGCAUGAGAUGGAUGGGGGACAUCUUGGGAGGUAA